AUGGGACGAAAGAAGAAAGCAAAUGAGGAGAUACCCGAACCCAUCUUGGAGGAGCAGCCAAGGGACUCGAAGCAUGUGAAGGAGCGGGAGAAGUACGAGACGUCGUCGGAACCGGAGCUAGAGCCGAAGCGCCAUGAUCUGGAUCCCGACAUACAGCAGCUGGCGUACACCUUCAAGAUCGACGCAGGCCUCACCCAGAAGUUGAACGACAUCAUGAUUGAGAAGAGGAUGAAUACCUGGGAGCAAGACCUUGCGCGGCUCUAUGAGAUCCUGAAGGAUGCACACACCCCUGCGGCCAUGCUGAACCUCAAAGUCAAAGACAUGCAGAAGGGAACCUUCGUGGGCAAGGCCAAGUGCGGCCCGCGAGUGCGCGAGCUCGCUCGGAGGCACAAGCUUGACAAAGGAGCAGCCACAAAGCUGGAAGAGGCGAUGUCGAUGCGGGAAGCGAUGGGCAAAGACGUCGAGAAGGACAUCUUCCUCCUGGAUGAGCACCUAACUGCUUCCAACAAGCCCUCGGCACUGAUCAGCAUGAAGCUGGACAGCUUGCGAAAGGGCUACAACAUCGGUCACUGCAUCUACAGCAGGGAGCCAGUGCAGGGAAACACUGGCCCAGGUGUGGAUGGUGUGGUGGAUAAGAAGCGGCACGUUCGCGUCCUCGGCUACACAGACGCCGACCUUAACAGUCGCUUCGCUUCUUCCGAUGGCCGCAGCGAGGACUGGUUUAGGGUUUAG